GUCGCAGCUCCCACAAACUAUCUUAACUGGACACCUGUCUAUUCAAUUUUUCACAUCCUCUAUCGUUUUUCAGUCAGAAGUUGGCGUCAUUUUCUAGGGAAGCAGUCCAGUUGGACUCUGCAGUAGCUUGUUGUGUGCGUGUGUGUGUGUGUAUAUGUGUGUGUGCGUGGGGGGACACUUGACAUCCUCUCAAUGUCUUUCAUUGAGAAAAGGCUCUGGACGUUUGGUGUCGUCAAUGUCUUUGAGCAACAGAAGACCUGAUUAAGAUGGGUAACAAACAAACAAUAUUCACUGAUGAGCAACUUGAUGCCUACCAGGACUGUACCUUCUUCACCCGCAAAGAAAUUCUGCGCUUACAUGCCAGAUACCAUGAGUUGGCGCCACAUCUUGUACCGAUGGACUACACCAAUGAACCAGACUGUAAACUGCCAUUAGCCUUGAUAGUCAACAUGCCGGAGUUAAAGGAAAAUCCGUUCCGAAACAGGAUCGUAGAGUCUUUCUCAGAGGACGGCAUGGGGAACCUCAGCUUCAAUGAAUUUGUGGACAUGUUCUCAGUCCUCAGUGAAAUGGCUCCAAGAGAACUCAAGGCCAUAUAUGCCUUCAAAAUAUACGACUAUAAUGUGGACAAUUACCUGUGCAAAGAAGAUCUGAAAAAAACACUGAACAAACUGACGAAGGAGGAGCUGACGCCCGAGGAGGUGGACCUGGUGUGUGACAAAACCAUCGAGGAGGCAGAUUUGGACGGAGACAACAAGCUCUCCUACUCUGACUUUGAGAACAUGAUCACAAGGGCUCCAGACUUUUUAAGUACUUUCCACAUACGUAUCUGAGAGGGCUAAAUGGAAUAUUUCUAAGGUCUCCAAGUUCACUGAACCUGAACCACAGCACAGUGCCUGCCUCUUAUCAGUGGUCUCUGGCAUCAGGGAUGUUCAGUCUAAAAAUCCAAAGAUUUGGUGAAGCUGAAUUCCUAGGAGGCUGGAUUUCUCUACCACAGAUGAACAUGACAUUUCCUUCUACCAUUAAUAUAGGGCUCAACCUGGAUCGGUCCCCCCUUGUCAGGGGGUAAAGGUAAACUUACAAAAUUUAAUGUACGUGUCUCGAUGGUUUCUGACUGAACAGAUCCAAGCACACGUUAUUAUCUACCUACUGUGUAUUGCACACGUCUUCCUACAGUGACACAUUAGACAUACGCUUCAUCUGAAUGAAAGCACUUAGUACUGGCGUUAAGGGCACACGGAUAUUCUAUUCAAGCUAUGCAAUAUUUGUACUGUAGUGUUCUCCGCAUUGUUUUCGGUUGUUUUUACGCUUGUGGAACAUGGGAACAUGACGACAAUCACAUGUUGUGUUCUCUGGUUAAACAAAGGGCUCUGUCAUCUGAAUCCAUUACGAUAGCUUUCAUCUCCCUCAGCCAUUAUCUAAAGAUGUUAGUUACCGCCAUUUUUACAUCUACAGUGCAGUAUUUAUGUAUGUCAUUUAAGGUGUUGGUCUCACCUCAAAUAAAUGGUCUUUGUUUUGUU